AUGCCCGAGGCCAACAGAAUCAACUCUAUUCCAGCUGAUCAGAAAUCGAGCUUCACCUCUUUUCUCAAGACGUUGUCUUCGUUUACUGGAGAUUUAUCGCAAUUGACGUGCCCUAGUUUCUUUUUGGCUCCUGAAAGUUUGUUGGAAUACUCGUCCUAUUGGGCUGAUCAACCUGACCAUUUGGCAAGUGCAGGUAAUGGUGUGACAGAGGAGGAGCGUUUCUACAACGCCAUUAAAUGGUUCAUCACUGCACUGAAUGGCUCUUUUACCAGCCGUGUGCCUGCUGGCGAAUGGGAAAAGAAGCCAUUUAAUCCAAUUCUUGGGGAGCAGUUUUUCUGUCAAUGGGAAAAUGGCACUCGAGCCAUCUGCGAGCAGGUAUCUCAUCAUCCUCCUGUAUCCGCUUUUAUCAUUGAAAAUGAAGCAUCUGGUGUUUCCAUCACUGUCAAUGAUGCCCAAAAGACACGGUUUUCCGGGACACAGAUGUUGGUGGAUCAGAUUGGCUAUUGUAUGCUCGAGAUGAAGCAGCAUGGUGAAAAGUAUCUCUUUUCACUUCCUAGUAUUUCGGUACAGGGUAUCUGGUACGCAGCCCCCUAUGUUGAAUUGUUUGGCACAUCCUACAUUCAGUCCUCUACGGGCUUCCAUGCUGCAAUCGAGUAUACUACAAAGGGCUGGAUUUACGGCGAGAUGCAUCAUUUCAAAGCAACUGUUAGCCAUAUCUCACAAGUAAAGACACCCACCGUCAUUGAGGGUCAAUGGUCAGGCAAAUCAACCCUAAAAAAAGAUAACCAAGCCGCUCAACCUUUUCUUGAUGUCAAGGAGAAAGCUAGGCCGCCUGUUCUUGUCAAACCCAUUUCCGAGCAAACAGACAUGGAAUCUCAAAAGAUAUGGCAAAAAGUAUCUGAGGCUCUUAAGGCAGGCGACUACGCUACAGCAUCUGCUGAAAAGACCAGAAUCGAGAACGAACAACGGGCCAUUCGCAGGGAGCGUGGCGACGAAGACACAUGGCAACCUAAAUACUUUGAAAAGCUGUCCUCUGCAGAGCUAUUUGGUGAUUUGAAGGACUUUAUUACCAUUUACAGCAACAACAAAUUUGUCAAUACCUUUGACGAGUAUUCAUGGCGUUUCGUCAGAGAUCGCUAA